AUGUCGUUGUCGUCUGUCGUUGACGACUACAAAAGCGCCUACAUUUCCUCACGUGCUUAUGAGAUAAUUCAAGCGGGAACGUUUGUGAGACCAAAUCUUCAAUCUUCUCGUAUAUAUUAUCCUUCUUCUCAGUCUUUAUCUUAUUUUUCAAAUCACUAUUCGGCCUUUCUGAUAGCAAUGGAAGAGAUGCUAAUCAGAACAGAGAUCAUCUGA